AGAUCGCAAUCAGAUAACGGCCAUGGCCCAAGCGAAGCCUGGCGGAGAGCGCCAAGUGCUGGAGUCGAUGUACUCGAUGAUUGCUCUCGUCUUCAUCCUCGUCGCCUGCGUUGAACUAUGCGACGCCGCCACAGUCGUCGACGUGUAUCGGCUGAUCCAGUACGACAUCUCCGGUGCUCCUUUCGGAUCUCGACUCGCCAACCUCAACCACCAUGCUGGUUCUUUGCAAUUCGCUCCUGGCUCUGAUCUCUCCCGCACUGUCCUCAUCAUCCCCUUACGCGAACUCAACAUCUCCUUCGUCAAAGAAUAUAUUACUCAAAACCAGCCUCUGGGAGGUUUGCUGUUUUUGCUGCCCCAGAUAUUUAAUAUAGAAAAUAGAGAAAGGGCAAAAAGUAAUCAUCAAACUGAUGGAGUGGAGCUAUUGAAGAAUGAUCUGGCCGAACUUGAAAAAUUACUUAUACAUUCCAAGAUACCUUAUCCUGUGUAUUUUGCUUUUGAAGAUGAUGAUAUUGAGGCUGUGUUGGCUGAUGUCAAGAGGAAUGAUGCCACUGGUCAACCUGCUACUGCAACUACUGGCGGAUAUAAGCUUGUUGUUUCAGUUCCAGAACCUAAGAAACGUGCAUCACCCACCAUCACAAACAUUCAGGGAUGGCUUUCAGGAUUGAAAACUGAUGGAGAUGCAAAUCAACUUCCAACUAUUGCUAUAGUAGCAUCAUAUGACACUUUUGGGGCAGCUCCUGCUUUAUCAGUUGGAAGUGAUAGCAAUGGAAGUGGUGUUGUGGCACUUCUUGAAAUUGCUAGGUUAUUUUCUGUUCUUUACUCCAAUCCUAAGACAAGAGGAAGGUACAAUUUACUUUUCGGGUUAACAUCAGGAGGCCCUUAUAAUUACAAUGGAACUCAUAAGUGGCUUCGGAGCUUUGAUCAACGCCAGCGCGAGAGUAUUGACUAUGCUAUUUGCUUGAAUAGUAUUGGAUCAUGGGAUAAUGACUUGUGGAUUCAUGUGUCUAAGCCUCCAGAGAAUGCCUACAUUAAGCAAAUUUUUGAAGGUUUCUCUAAUGUAGCAGAAGAAUUGGGCGUUAAAGUUGGUCUGAAGCACAAGAAGAUAAAUAUUUCAAAUCCCCGAGUAGCUUGGGAGCAUGAACAGUUUUCACGGCUGAGAGUUACUGCUGCCACUCUUUCUGAACUCUCUGUUGCUCCUGAACUGUUAGAAAGUACUGGCAGUCUGGUUGAUGGCAGACCAUUUGUGAAUGAAGCUGCAAUCAUUAAAAGUGUCAAAUUAGUUGCUGAGAGCCUUGCGAGGCAUAUCUAUGGUCACGAAGGAAAGAACGUCCAAAUCUUUGCAGACAACAGUAGUCUAGCAGUCAAUCCUUCUUACAUAAAGUCAUGGUUGGAUCUCUUGUCACAAACACCCCGUGUGGCGCCGUUUUUAUCAAAGAAUGACCCAUGUAUCUUGGCAUUGAAGAAGGAAUUGGAAGAUCAUACCGAUGAGGUGAAUGUGCAGCAUGAGGUGCUUGAUGGGAUGUUUACUUUCUAUGAUUCAACUAGAGCUAGCCUUAAUAUAUAUCAGGUUGCUAGUGUGACAUUCGACUUGCUUUUGCUUCUGGUGUUGGGAUCGUAUUUGAUAGUACUUUUCAGUUUCCUUGUCAUCACAACUAGGGGUCUUGAUGAUCUGAUCAGUUUAUUUCGAAGACCUCCACAACGUAAGGUGAAAACAGCCUGAUUACUGAAGAUAGUAUUAUGCCAGAAAAUUACCUUUUUCUUUGGUACAGAAGAUUCUCCGUGGCUUAGAUUAAAAUUGAUGAAUUGACACGUUAGUUCAUGUCAUGAGGAUCGUUCAGUUGUUGGUUAUAGGAAAAUGCUUAUAACUUUUGUGCCAGAAUGACACGCAUCAAGGUGCUGAGAAUUUUUUUGUUGAGAUUAAUGGUUUAUCCAAGUAGUAUUCUGGCAAUUUUCUGGGCAUAGGUUGAUGUUUACGUUUCUGCAUGGCAAUUGAAUUCGAAUACGGCUCAAACAAACAAGGGCAGUGGUCAAGAUAGAACUAUUGUCUAUGGUCUAUGACAAUUGUAGCAAAGGGAUGCACUUCUAGAUUUUUUUAUCUUUUAUUUUAGUUCGCUGUCUACUCUAGUAGCCAAUUUUCAGAGUGAUCAAUUUUGUCGCACCUUUUUGUUUUGCCAAUCUUAAUCUGCCAUGUUGUGGGUCCUACCCUAUUGAGUGCAAUAGAAUGUUGACUGAUGUUUUUAUGGGUUAAAUUACGAUU